AUGCUUGGCAAGGGUGUGAACCAGCUGACUUUGCUGUUGGCUCGUAUCUGCAGAAGGAUUCCGACUCGGCAGCGCGUCACCACGACCGGAGGUCACAACGAGAGAAGACUGCGUGCUUUGGUCGUUCACCCCAGGCUACCGGGCGCGAAGGAAGCACUGCUGUCUUUUGAUGCAGUGGAGGCUGUUGCCUUGGUGCGAGCUGCUGGAUGGGAAAGUGUUAUGCCCCACGGGUCCCACGCAGGUCAGGCUGCGAGCUCAUCCAGCGAGGAAGACUCGGAGUCGGCAAGUGAUGGCACCGAUGACGCGGAUGAUGCGGAUGACGCGGAUGACGCGGACGCUAUAGGUGCCUAUGUCGCCAGGCUGGACAGAGUUGAUCCGCGCUUUUUCUUCCACCUGAAGGAGCUUUGCCGCGUGGUGGUGCAGGUGGCGCGGCAUGGAGCGGACAUUCUGGUCGUCAACAGCUCUCUUUCGCCGAUUCAGCAACGACACCUGGAGGCUGCCAUGGAUCUAGCCUGGCGCGCCCAACGACGGCAGCAGAAAUAUGACGUGGGUACGUCAGACAUCAACCAGUCAAGAAUCGCCGUCUUUGAUCGUGCCCGUGUGGUCUUGGCGAUCUUUGCGAGAAGAGCCUCCUCUACGGUGGCAAGGUUGGGUAUUGAGCUUGCAGAGGCCCAGGAGGUGAAAGCAAAGCUUGGAGCGGGGAUGGCGUCAGGAGUGACAUCGCAGCUACAACAAGUUGCCCGCGCACUGGGCAAACUUCCAGGAUGUGACAAGACCGCGCUCUUACCACGAAGUGGGGGUGCACGUGGCGUCACGACAUCGUUUACAUCGUCCCCCCAGAUCACGCGGCAGAAGCAGCAGCGAGUCAUUGAUGAGAAGCGGGCACGGCUUCGUGAGGAGAUAGCGCGCCUGCAAUCAACUCGAAGCAGUCGCCGGCAGCAGCGUGCACGGGAUGAGAGGCUGACGAUCGGUCUGGUGGGGUACACCAAUGUUGGCAAGAGUGCCAUCGUCAACCGCCUCACGAGUUCCGAUCUUCUUGUGAAGGACGGCGUCUUCGUCACCUUGGAUGUUGCUUCACGCCGCUGUGUGCUGCCAUCCGGCAGGGAGUGCUAUGUGUUGGACUCCGUGGGCUUGAUUCAGGGCCUGCCGAUCAAUGUGUGUGAAGCUAUACAGGCCACCAUGCAGGAGAUGCACGAUGCAGAUGUGGUUCUGCACGUGCGCGACAUCGCGCACCCUGCACGGGAGGAUCGUUGGGAGUUGGUUCGCGAGAUGCUUGCCGAUGCCCACAUUGACGAAGAGAGGGUCGUGGAGGUUUGGAACAAAGCUGACCUUAUCGCGGAGAAAGAGGUUCGCCGCCUUCACUAUUUGCGUCAGCAGAAGGAUUCGACACCAGUUUUCACGGUCAGUGCCUUGACAGGUGCUGGAUUCCCUGCACUUCUGAGUGGCCUGCAGACGAUUUUGGAGGAAGUGGCCGUCAAAGCCGUGCCCGGUCUUCAGUCCUCGUCCGCGAUUCAGGUGCCCCAGAGUGGAUGGUGUACUGUUCGAUUGCCGCAAGGUUUGUCCAAGAGCCAGGCUUCCGACCUGUGGGCAUUUCUCCACAGCAGCUCAGUGGCAGAUGCGACAGUUCGCACAGAUGAGGCCACAGGAGAAGUUAUGGUCAGAGUCCGCAUGAGUGAAUCGGCAAAAGCCAGGUUUUUGCAGCAGUUUGGAUCUGGCUUCCUGUCCUGA